CUACCCCGACAACUAUAUCCUAAACCGAAUCCAUGUCGUGUCAAAUUCCUACUUCCUACGCAAACACAAAAUCCACCUCCGUCAAUAACCGUUAACUUCCCAAAACUAUAAUAUUUCUUUGUGGUUCUCACUCUCUUAACUUCGUCAACAUGUUCCUUCCCUUAUGCCAUUGCACACGCUUUAGCUUUCUUUUUUCUUUCCCAAAUUAGUCUUUCUUUCUUCUCUUUUCAUUCCCAUAAAUCCACACAUUCCCUUUUUCUUGCCAGAAAAAAAAUGGGUUGCUGUUACAUUCGUUUUCCAUGCUAAAAAUCACAUAAAGUUUUGAUUUUUAUUUCUGGGUUUUCAAGAUGUGGAGUAGAUGGCGAAUUGGGCUAUUGAGACAAAGGGUGUGCUCUGUUAUGAAUGGGAAUCACGGUUAUGUUAAAAAGAUUCAUCCUUUUGAUCCUUUUUUAUUCAAUUUGAAGGAUUUCAAAAUGGGGUAUGGUGAAAAGAGAAAAGGGGUUACCUAUUUUUCAGUUGUUAUGAUGAACCAAAUGAAAAGAGGUAUAUCUUCUGGUUCGUCUGAUAACAAUGGUGAGAAGAAAGAAGAGACUAUAUCUUUUAAUGAAGCUAAGAAGCUUAUGAGGUUGGUGAAUGUGGAAUCUCUUAAGAUGAAACUUGGUAUGGGAGGGAAAGAAGUUAUUGCUUUUAGUGAACUUGUGGAAGCUUGUGAGAGUAUGGGGGUUGCUAGGAAUUAUGAAGAGGCUUCAGCUUUUGCUAGGGUUCUUGAUGAAGCUGGUGUUGUUCUUCUUUUUCGAGAUAAGGUCUAUCUUCAUCCUGAUAAGGUGGUUGAUCUGGUUAGAAGAGCUGUCCCGCUAGCACUAACCGAAGAGAGCGAUCCAAUUAGGGAGGAGUUACAGAAGCUUCUGCAAAAGAAAGAGGAAAUCGACAUGUUGGCACAUAAGCAGAUGCGCCGUAUCCUAUGGUGCGGACUUGGUUUCGGCGUAGUCACGGUCAGUCUCUUCUUCAGGCUAACAUUUUGGGAGUUUUCAUGGGAUGUAAUGGAGCCUAUAACAUUCUUCACAACAACUACUGGCUUAGUCAUUGGUUAUGCCUACUUUUUAUUCACAUCAAGAGACCCUACUUACCAAGAUUUCAUGAAGAGACUCUUCAUUUCAAGGCAAAGGAAGCUUUAUAAGAGGUAUGACUUUGAUGUUGAGAGAUGCAAGGAGCUUCAACACUUGUGUAAAAUACCUUUAGAUGCUAAAUCCAUUUUGAAAAAACGAAUAGGAGCCGAUCUCGAUCUCGACGAUGCUUUGCACAAGGAUUAACAUUUUUUUCUAAUUGAGUUGAUUUUGUUCACCCUCCUCUAUUUUCACAUUGGUGGGGGGAGAGAAGCUUAUUCUAACUUAUGUUAUGGCUGUGAGUUUUGAGCCACCAUUUUUCUUUUCCUUCUUCAGUUGUUGUAUGUACUUUUAAACACAGAAGAUGAUUACAUGUUGUUCCAUUUGUUGAAGAUGAUUACAUGUUAUUUUACAUGUAACAUGAGCAAGGAUGAAUCAAACCUUGUAAGAUUUGUUCCA